AUGCCAUUUUUGUUGUUGUAUUUGCAAUUAGGUGCAAAAUCAGAGCUAGCUGACAUUCUGUCAAAGUCUACUACAAUAUGUAAUAUGGAUUUGUGCAAAUGUAAAAUUGCAAAAUCUACACCAGUUUCUACAACCUCAUCAUCGACCAAGGUUAAUGAUCUCACAAAUAGUCUUAAACAUUUAUUGUCUGCUUGGGUUGAUCCCGUAAUGGGAGAUAGUCAAGAAACAAUAGAGAUAGUUAAAUGUAUAACUCCAAAG